CAAAGAACUAACCACGCUGGCCAAAUGUUAUUACAUCGGUAGAAUUAUGUUUCAUCCGCAGCCUGUCUGUUUUGGGUGGCGCAUUUCACUGUACACAUACUUGAUUACUCUUCCAUCCAAUGUGCCUGAGUGUGCAACCAGGUGCUGUUGUAUGACCCUCCAUGCUUCGCAAACGGUAUCUGCCCAUGAUAAAGUGCCUAGCCGUGCUACCAGUAAGAAAGAAAGCUUUUUCAUAUUUAACUAUUGGCCGUUUACCUUCACAGGCUUUUACAGGUACCUUAACCUCAUCAAAUGGCCUCGCUUACGAAGACAGUUGGGAUAAAAUUCUUACAGUUCAAGGUACAAGUCAGCCAACUGUAACCAAUCACACAAUACCUGUAACCGAUACUGUUGUUGUUUUCCUUAACGUUCGUCGACAAGUUAUCGCAGAAGGCCCGUCCAGUUCCCCGAAUGUAAGGAUAUUUUGGAGAAGGAAAUGCCAGACCUACGCAUGAAUGCAAGCCCAUAAAGAAAAC